AUGGUGGACGCCCCAGGCAGCCGGGCGGAGGCUGCGAAUGAGGGGCUGGCGGGCAGCAGACCCGAAUCCCGCAAGGGCGACCAGGGGGAGGAGGAGGAGGAGGAGGAGGAGGCCGGAGAGAACGCGACAUACAACUCGAGGGAGGUCAACGACCAGGUCUUCGAAGAGCUCCACCUUGGGCUCGCGAGCGGGGACGUGCAAGGGUCGUGGCGCGAUUUCCUCGGCAGCGCCGAGUCUCGAGAGGCCGCUGGCGAGGCCAUCUACGCCGCGGUCUUCGACGCGGCCCCGAGCCUUCAGAGCCUGUUCAAGACGCCGAGGGCGGUGAUGGCCAUGCGCUUCAUGAACGGCCUGAACCAGAUCAUCAGUUCUCUGCACGACCCCAAGGCGUUGAAGGUGGUGGUCGAGACACUGGGCUUCCAGCACCUGGACCUCGAGGUGACCAUCCCCCGCGUGAUCAUGUUCCGCGACGCCAUCGUCGAGCUGCUUCAGAUCGAGUUGGGCGCGCGCAUGAGCAGUCGGGCGCGAGAGGGCUGGAACACCAUGUUGAAUUACGUCGGCGGCUCCUACAUCUACGUGCGGCUGAGGUUCGCGGACCGCUUGAAGAUUCUUGCGGGUAGUUGGGCCACGGCUAACCAGCGGCAGCAGGACGAGCUUGCCGAGGAGGCGAAUGACGGCGACGAGAAAGAAGGAGAAGGGAGCCAUGACACGGACGCCACUGACCCUGAGAGAGACGAUAAGCAUGGGGCAGGCCAGAACUUGUUGGGAGAUCACGGCGCAUCGGGCGCUUCAAAGAGCAAGAGGCGGGUCAGCAUGUGGGGCUUCGGUGGCAAAAGGUCAACGAGCAGUUCGAAAGCAGGUCAGGAGGCGAGCAAGAGUAUGGAUGAGUCUGGCACCAGCAAGCGUAAUUUUAGGAACGCUUCUGUGCCCACCACGUAUAACGAGAUGUUUUAUUUCAACGCGGCCGUCAUGGGCUUCGGUCAGAGCCGCUGGAUGAAUGAAGUGCUUGCCUCUUUCGACACCAUCGUCACGAACGUGGCCAAUUCCUACCGCCUUCAGGAGGAAUGCGACGUGUUGUCGCUGCGCAUCGCGAAGUACAAGGGUGCGAUCAGCCUCGGCGAAUACAAGGCCGUGAUGCUGGCUUCCUUGCGUUCCUUGGUUCCCAAGGACUGGGACUCGAAUCACGAGGUGGCGUGGUCCUGGCUAUGGGAGAACGUGGAGCGGAUGCUCAAGGCGCAGAUGGGGAAGCCCGCGGCGCAGGAGAGGGCGUUGGAGGCGCUGUGGGGGAGCCAGGACGAGGCGUCGCAAGCCUAUCUCCGACGCGAGGUCUACGUCAAGUUCUUCACGCUCGCGCCCGCUGGGCAGGACUACUUCAAGCAGUCAACCACUCGCCUGCACUUCAUCGCCGACCGCAUCGUCUCCAUGACCCUGGAGAUUUACAGGGACCCCCAGAAAAUGGUGGAAGACAUCUCCGCGCUUGGCCUGCGGCACGUCGGGUACGGCAUCCCCACGGACUCUUCGGGCCCUUCGUCACGGCCUGCGUGCAGGUGGUGCGCACCCUCACAGUCGACGACGUGGCCAAGGAGGCCUUCAGGUGGUCGCUCAGCCUCAUCUCGCGCAUCCUUACCCGCGUGA